UGGGUGCUCUGUCUGGCAUUCUUACCAGAGCCUGAGCUGUAGGCAGUGCCUCAGAGCUCUGAGCUCUGGUAUCUUCUGCCUUGUUUUUGUGGUUAAGAAUUCUUCCAGUUGUGGAAUGCUGACAAAGUUUGGCCCCAACGUUCUGGCUAUACUUCUUCUACCACCACAAGCUUCAGCAUGGCAGAAUCUCUCACCACCUUCUCUGAUCCAAGGACAGAAAUGAGCAUCCUGGAAACCAACCAGUACUUGUGCUCCCAGCUGGAAAAAAGCAAACAGAACUUCCGGGACCUCAUGGAGAAAUUCCUCACAUCCAAGGCUACUGCUUACGUCCUGGCCAACCAACUGCAGAAAUACAAGAGUGAAGAGUACAAAGGCCUCAUCAAAUCCGUGCUGGAGGAGGAAGUGCAGUUUGACGGGGAGCUGGCAGAGAAGACGAGACCGACUGCAAGGCUUGGGAAAUAUGAUCCCCUGAUUCAGGCUCAGGCACGAGAACUGACCCACUUACGACAGAGGAUACAGGAAGGGAAAGGUGUCUGUUAUCUUUUCAUUCAGCAUACAAAGAGCAUGGUCAAGUCUUUUAAGGGCAUCCUCAGGAGCACUGACAUUGCCCAUUACCAGGGACAGAGAUUCUGUGAACAACUGGCCCACGGAAGCCAGCUGGCAAAGAACCUUGCCAACAAACUCGUCACUGAAAAUUACAAUGAUAAGAAGGAUGAAGAUGGACAAGAGCCAUUGGCACCCAGGCUCAGCAGGGAGCUCCAGGAGGAAGUGAAUGAAGCCCAGGAAGACUCACUAGAUGAACGGUAUUUGACUCAUUCCAGUCGCUGUGACUCUGACCAGCCUCCCAGCAGCAGUGCCUUCCCCUCUGAUGUGCAGGAAGCCAGCUCUGCUGUGGAAGUCACCAAAGAUGAGGUCCACAACCUGCACCAACACCUGAGGGAAUUCAUCAAUGACUGCCUUCAAGAAAAGCUGGAACAUCAUCUCAGCAUUUCUGACCAAGGAAACGGAUGCACGUCUAACCUUAACAGGCAGAGCUUGGAGUCUGCUGCCCAGCUGUACAAUGAAAACAGAGGUAUCAGGGAAGAAAGUCUGAGCCUUCUGGCUCACCUGAAUCGUAUUUCCAGAGGUAAGAACUAGCAGUGGAAAUACGAAAAGUUCUUAUUUCAGCUAUGCUUAGUCACAGUUUCCCCAUUGAUGAGAAAAACUAAAAAAAAAAAAAAGUGAAAUUCCCAAAUAGGAAAGCAAGAAGACUUCAUCUCUCAGAAUCAACUUUCACAGCUACUCUAGAUUUUUACUCCAGAUGGAUCGUUUGCAGAAAUCACAGCUCUUCAGCCUGCAAAUUUGACAACUACGUAAGAAACAGCAAUACGCAGAUUCACUGAUGAUCCUGAGAUGCCUCACCCUUUUCUCUCCCCAUCCCCAUCCUGUGGAUAACUGGAGUCAGCAGCAGCUGGAAGAAAAUGUCAAGGACUUGGAUCAAGAAUAAGUCAGAAUAAUGUCAUUGCAGACUGUUAUCAGCUCUUCAGCACAUGUCCAUUUCCUUGAAGGAUGAAAGUUUAGAAAUCUCAAAGAAUGGAGUUUAUUUUAUAUAUA